UGCAGCUUCUCCUCUGCGCUCCGUGCACCGCUGCCUCGGCCACCAGAACAUGCAGUUGUAGUGGAGAAGGAGGGAACCGGCGCAGCGCUUUAAGCUCAGGUUGUGGGAGACAAAUCAGAUUACUGCGAAGGUAAACUGGAUUCUGACGUAAAGGGCUUAAACCCGGCCGGAGGAGCGCAGCGCUCAGAAGCAGCCGAGGAGGAGAGCAGCUCGCACAAGCUCUAGUCAACAAACCAGCAGCAGCAGCACCAUCAGCAGCAGCAGCACCUCCCUCCUCCUCCUCCUCCACCCCGAAGCAUGACUCCUCACAUAUUCCUGCGCGACUGAACGCAACGGACGCUAACAUGGCUUCGUACUUGCAGAUCGCUGAUGAUGAGAAAGGCCAUGAGCUGGACCUUUUCUGCGUCCCCAGGCAUUAUGAGAACGAUUUGGACAAGGUGAUCAUCCCCCAUGGACUCAUCAUGGACAGGACAGAACGUCUGGCCCGCGACAUAAUCCGGGACAUGGGGGGCCACCACAUUGUAGCUCUGUGCGUGCUAAAAGGGGGCUACAAGUUCUUCGCAGACCUCCUGGACUACAUUAAAGCGCUGAACCAGAACAGUGAUAAAUCAGUCCCGCUGACGGUGGAUUUCAUUAGGGUGAAGAGCUACUGUAAUGAUAAGUCAACUAACAAUGUCAAAGUCAUAGGAGGGGAUGAGCUGUCCAGUCUCUCAGGCAAGAAUGUUUUGAUUGUUGAGGAUAUUGUGGAGACAGGAAGGACGAUGCAGACGCUUCUUUCCCUGCUGAGCGAAUGCAAUCCCAAGAUGGUUAAAGUUGUAAGCCUUCUGGUGAAGAGGACACCGAGGAGUUCAGGGUAUAGACCAGACUACAUUGGGUUUGAGGUGCCGGAUGCCUUUCUGGUGGGUUACGCUUUGGAUUACAACGAGUACUUCAGAGAUCUCAGUCACAUCUGUAUACUGAAUGAUCAAGCCAAGGAGAAGUACAAAGUGUGAGCAGAUGACAUUCUGCAGAAGCUGAAUCUGAAUGAAGACUAGGACCACUGUGACGACCCUCCUUAGCUUUGCUGUGUUUUGAAUGUUAUUUAUUUUUCUACAUAAGAAUCCACAAAGAGUGACUUGUGGGUUGUGACUAACUUCAAGAAGGACAUUUAUCCCCCCUCCCUUUAUGAGCAAGUGGGAUUAAUGAUGUAUAUUAUGAAUGUUUUGGUUGCUGAAUUUUAAUUUAUGUAGAUAAUUUAUGUGUUUAGCUGUAAAUUGGAGUCGUUUUUGUGAGAAAUAGAGAUGAAGAAUGUCAUUUGCUCUGGCCUGAUGUUCGGUGAGCUGUCAGUCAGAUGUUAGUAGCCUUCAGUUUGUUUGGAUUUAUAAUGCUGAUAUAUAUUCUCAUUAUGCCAUAAAAUGACUUGUAAUGUACUGUAAGUUUUCUUUAAUGCCCGCUGUUUUCAUCGAGGACCUGUUUACAGCAAUACAAACCCCGUUGAAACCUCGA